AUGAACAUCAACAUCAGUUGUGAUUUGGGUGAUCCAAGUACACUUCUCCGGGAUGACGAGGUGAGUGAAAAGAGUAUGAAGGAAUUUUUAGAUGAGAAUGACAUAUUCGAAGGGCACUGUCAGGGGAAUGACAUAUUAGAAAGGUACAAUCUGGGGUGUGAGAAAGGCGCAAAUUUAGAAAUAGAUGAAGUUGCAUCAGAAAAGCAAUCAAAGAAUAAACUAGUGCAUAAAAAUAUAACAUUAAACAUACAUAACAUAAUAGCAUCAGCCAACGUGUGUACAGAAGUUGAUUUAAGGCUAAUAGCUAUUUCUAUACGAAAUGCAGAAUAUAACCCAAGUAAAAUAAAUACACUGAUUGUUCGAUUGAACAAACCAAAAUGUACAGCUUUAAUUUUUAAAAAUGGCAGAAUCAUGUUGACAGGAACAAAGACAAAAGGUGAAGCGAUACAUGGAUGCAAAAAAAUUGGAAAAAUAAUUAAAAUUGUAACAAAUGAAUAUGUAAAAUUGGAAGGAUUCAAAAUUGAAAACAUUAUUGCUAGCGCUGAUUGUAACAUGCCAAUACGACUAGAAAUGCUGGCACAUGAUCAUAAGGAAUAUUGCAAUUAUGAACCUGAGUUAUUUGCUGGCUUGGUGUACAGGUAUAAACCUACAUCUAAGUUGAAAUCUGUCAUUUUGAUUUUCGUCUCAGGGAAAAUUAUCAUCACUGGUUGUAAAUCAGUUCAGAAACUCUACACAGUUUUUCAGGACAUUUACAACGUCCUCUAUCAGUACAGAAGUUGA